CAAUUUGACAGAUAGAAUGCGGCAUGCUUCUGCAUAGUGCAAGAUCUGUCGGCCUUUGUGUAUACAUGAAAGCAUGUUACACCGUCAUCUUUGUUGACGAUCCUUCAUCAGUGAAAAACAUCGGGAAAAAGAAAGAAAGAAAACUCAUCAUAUCAGUUUUCCAAUUUUUCAUUCAUUCUUUAUUUGCAGCAACAUUUGGUUUCUCUGAUAAUUUAAAACCGGCUGAUUAUGUUGUUCUGAAUAACCUCUUGAAGAAUUUUGACUGAUUUUACUUAUUUUGACUAAUUUAUCAAAAACGUUGUUAAAUUAAAAAAACAAACAUGCCUACGGUCAUAGCUUUGGAUGUUUCCUUGUCUAUGAGAAGAGUGGUUGUUGGGACAACAGCUUAUGAAGGAAUACCAGGGGAGCAGCUCACCAGGCAUCACUUAGCUCUUCAAGGAAUUAAUACUAUUUUACACUAUCUACAAAACAAUUCUAAGCUUGAAUUUGUUGCAUUAAUGACGUUUUCUUCUAUGUAUGAGAUACUGUGCCCAUUUACAAGAGACUAUGAAUUGAUUAGGAGUAAAUUGCAAAAUAUUGAAGAGUGUGAUAAGACCAGCAUUGAAACAGCUCUUCACGGAGUAAAGACCUUAGUGAUAUCGGAGUGGGGCAGCAGUACGCCUUGCCAAGUAAUCUUGGUCACAGAUGGAAAUCCUGGUGUUGGACCGAUGUCCUUGCGAGAGUCUUUACUUUCAAUGAACUUCCCUCGAGAGGGAGGAAUACCCUUCCCUGUGCCUUUCCCAUUUCCAGCAAGACUGUCAGUUGUAUGCUUAACAAAUCCAACAGACCCAACUUUUGUAAGCAACAUGCAGCUUUAUCAAAAAUUAGUUGACUUAGUUGGUUCAGAUGGAAUGGUUUUGGCACCUGAAGGAUCCUUGUCAAAAGCAUCUGUUUCCAAUUGUUUUAAAAAAUUAUCAGAGACAAAUUUUACUACAUUUAAGGGGUAUUUGAAGUUUGGUAAUCUUGGAUCACGUAUUUUCUUAUCACCGGUUCCACUUCCUCAAACAAAAAAAACAGAUUUUGAAGUAGUGCCUUCUUUAAUGAUCUCUAAAAAUAUUGAAAUAUGUGGAUUCAUACCAAUAGCAGAUGUUGGAAAUCCAGGUGCUAUCUCCAGACAUUUAAUUUUACCCAUGUCAACAGAAAAAAAUUCAAGCAUGCAAGGAAUAGCUGUCUUAGAUGAAGAUGAUGAAAUUGAAGAAGUAAUUGAUGAAGGAAAAGAACCUUCGUUCUGUGUUUUACUCCAUGGAGCCUUAAAGGUCGAGAAUAUGGCAGCAUUGUGUUUACUGAAUACUGAUUGGUAUGGUUUCAUUUACUCAUGGGCAGAUUCAAAGAAAAAGUCAAAUCUUAUGUUGACUGUACUUGAGCAUGGAUGUGAAGUAGUUCCAUGGCUUGGUAAUCUUCGAAAUUUGGGAUCUAUUUCUUUUGCUAAGGAUAAAACUUUUGAAGCCCUCACUUUCCCAAUACGACCUGUGGAAAAAAGAAGUUACGCUGCAAAUACUCCAUCUUGGAUUAGAAAUUCAGGCCUACAAUCGGAUAUUCAAAAAAUUUUACGUCAGGCUAGAAAAUUACCAGAAAAAACUGCUAAUUUCUAUAAAGAACUUAAUCGAGUGAGACGGACAGCUUUAACUUUAGGAUUCUUAGAAUUAUUAGAAGGUUUAGCACAAAUUUUUGACAGAGAGAUUACUUUAUUACCUCCAAAUGUGAAUCCUGAGUGUGCGAUACAAUUGAGUCAUUGUUCUGAAAUGUUACGAAAACCAUAUUCAAAGGAAUUGAACGCAAAUAUAUCGCCACUCCGGACAAAAUAUUCUGGUGCAGCAGAGUAAAACU